UUUAUCUUGUAGAUGCCUUAUUCGCCUGCUAGGCGUUCCACACGAAGAAGUUCGUCAGGGACGCAAAGGAAGAGAGGCAACUCGUUGGAGGGAAAAACAAACCAGGCGGAAAAUUCCUCCAACAGACUAGAGCAAACAAGUUGUAACAAAAAACCAAAAAAGUCAUCCAAGAAAGGAGAAGACCCUUCUCAAAAUUUAUUGACUAUGUUCAACAGAGAAAAUUCCCCACAGACCAAGAAUGACGGUGAAGUGAUGAUAAGCAACGGCAAACUACAACAACAAAGCAACCAAAGGGAACCCAUUCACCAGUCUUUUUCAACUCCACAAAAGUCUUCAACCAAACUAGUGAUACGUCCACUGGCUUCGGCGCCUGCAGUUUCCAAAAAUUUUGCUGAAGAAAUAUGGAUAAACUACCUCAAACAAGCAGUAAAAGCCAUCCAAAACGCUACCAAAGUGGUAUUCUCUUAUGAAGAGUUGUAUAGAAAGGUUGAAGACGUCUGUUUGCUCAAAUGGGGCUCUUUUCUUUUUGAAAAACUUCAGGAAGAAGUGGAACAACACGUGGCCAUACAAAUCAACUCUCUUCAAGGUUACUCUCACGAGUCGGAAACUUUUCUUUAUGGAGUAAGCAAAGUAUGGGAGGAACACUGUAACCAAAUGAAACUCAUAAGAAGUAUAUUUCUAUUUUUGGAUCGAUCCUUUGUCCUACACAACGCUCCAGUAAGAUCACUUUGGGAUAUGGGCCUGAAAGUAUUUAGAAAAUAUUUGCAACAAAACUCAGAAGUAGAAAAGAAAACCGUACAAUCCACCAUUGCUUUGAUAACAGCUGAACGUAAGGGAGAAAGUAUUCCGCAGGAUCUUGUAAAGGAUAUGAUCAGAAUGUUCACAGCUUUGGAAAUUUAUGGAGAAUCCUUCGAAAAGGCUUUUCUCGAUGCUAGCAGUGAAUAUUAUAACAAUGAAGGAAAUGUGUUGCUGCAACAAUAUGAUAUAUACACUUACUUGAAACACGUAGAGAUUCGUCUUUCUGAAGAAGUGAACAGAGUAGUCCAUUAUUUGGAUAGAAUUACGAAAGCACCUUUGAUUCAACUUGUAGAAAACUGUUUAUUGGAGUCGCACACUGUGGAGAUUUUGGACAAAGGCUUUGACAAUAUGAUGGAAGAAAAUCGACAAGAAGACUUGGCACGUCUCUACCGACUACUUGCCCGAGUCCAUCAACUGGACCAAGUUAAAAAGUAUCUUGGCAUUUAUACUAAAAGUACAGGUGCUAGAAUCAUUCAGGAUCCUGAAAAGGAUAAUGAGCUUGUACAACUUAUAUUGGAUAUGAAGGAUAAGGUAGACUCCAUUGUAUCUAAUUGUUUUGACAAGAACGAGACGUUUCAAUACGCAGUGAAAGAAUCCUUCGAAUCCUUCGUUAACAUGCGUCAGAAUAAGCCAGCAGAGUUGACUGCAAAAUAUAUCGAUCAAAUACUACGAACAGGUAAUAAGGGCUAUACAGAAGAGGAACUUGAGGGGACAUUAGACAAGGUUCUUCAGUUCUUUCGUUUUAUUCAUGGUAAAGAUGUCUUUGAAGCCUUUUAUAAGAAAGACUUGGCAAAGCGUCUAUUAUUAGGCAAAUCGGCUUCCUUAGAUUUGGAAAAGACAAUGAUUUCCAAGUUGAAAGCAGAAUGUGGAGCAGGUUUUACCAGUAAACUGGAAGGAAUGUUCAAGGACAUUGACUUAUCUCAGGACAUUAUGAAGGCCUUUUAUGAAAGUUUGGAAUGGAAACAUUGUGGCAAUGAAGUGGAUUUAAGUGUUGUAGUUUUGACUUCGAGUUAUUGGCCACAAAGCACUUGUGGGGAUGUGAAACUUUCGAAAGAGCUUUUAAAACUACAAAAUGCUUUUUCGCGAUUCUAUUUGAACAAAUAUGCCGGAAGAAAAUUGACUUGGAACCACAGCAAUAGUAUGUGUACUAUUAGAGCUAAUUUUCCGAAAGGUCAAAAAACAAUUUCACUUUCUCUCUAUCAGACAUUAGUGUUGUUAUUAUUUAACGAGACUGAUGCUUUGACUUUAAGGGAGAUACAUGAAGGAAUUGGUUUGGAGAUGAAAGAGUUGAAGAGGACACUACAGUCUUUGGCGUGUGGGAAGAUUCGGGUGCUGAGAAAGGAGCCAAUGAGUCGAGAAGUGGAAGAAGAUGAUAUUUUUUAUUUCAACAAAGACUUUCAAGAUAAACGUUAUCGAAUCAAGAUUAACCAAAUUCAAGUGAAGGAAACUCCGGAAGAGAAUCAGCAAACGACAGAGCGUGUUGUACAAGACCGUCAGUAUCAGAUUGAUGCUGCCAUUGUUCGCAUUAUGAAAACAAGAAAGUCUUUGACGCACAGUCAAUUGAUGUCAGAACUUUAUGAGCAGCUCAAGUUUCCUUAUCAACCAGCAGAUUUGAAAAAGAGAAUAGAAAGUCUCAUCGAUAGAGAAUAUUUAGAACGUGAUUCGGAUACUCCUCAACUGUAUAGAUACUUAGCAUAAUCCUAAUAAGCAAAGGAUAAGCUUUGUAAAACUGAAAAGAGAGAGUUGCUUUCAAUAAAGGGCGGUCUUUAUCA